ACUUGGAGCAAUCUGCACCAAGACCCAAUGCUGGCAAGACCAGCAGUGCACCCUCUAGCCGCCCCUUGGAGGAACGAGUUGACCACGUAGUCGCAAUGCUCGGCAACAUCAGUACCUUCGCUGCACCAGCCACCAUCAGCAAUCAGUUGGACACCUUGAAGACCGAGGUUCAGCAACUGCACCAGCUGCCUAGCAAGGAUGGCAACACCGUGCAGCACUACAAGAUGCCGACAUUCCAAAUCGAGAAGUUCGACAAUUCUACGCAUCAAGACCCGGUCCUCUGGUGGGAGGGCUUUACAACGCAACUUCAGAUUCUGUUCGUCGUCAAGCACGCGUACAUCGGCGCGCUAUUUCUCAACUCAAAGGGCGGAUGCCAGAUCUGGUUGAGCCACCUGACAACCGUCCACGGCGUUGACGUCGCAGAUCUGAAAGAUAAGAUCUCUUGGGAAGAGUUAACACGGCUAUGGAAGAAGCGGUUCAUCGUGGACGACGCCCCGGGGCUCGCCGUCAACCGCCUCUUCGCUAUGACGCAAGGCAACACAUCGACAUGUGACUGGCUCACGGAAUGGCAAAAGAUCGCGGCAACGCCCGACCUUGACUUGCCAUUUUCGCAUCUACGUCGCGAGUUCUACAACCGGUCAUGUGCCGCCUUGAGCCUUGCACUUGGUGAUCGCGAGCAAUACGCGACCUUUGCCGAAAUCAUCGACAAGGCAAGGGAGAUCAUCAAGACCAAUAGGGCAGCUGCACAUGAGAAAUCAGCAUGGCAGCCAACCUAUGUGGAGAAGGUGAAAACUGGUCCCCGGCCGCAGCAUGUUGCUGCAGUCCAAUCGGACAACAUUGUGGAAGACCAGGCAGCCACCCAAGCGUCACACCUCCCAAUGCCCGGAUCAAGGCAAGGAGGAUGUUCGGCCUCGUAUCAACUCGGGAAACUGAGUUCCACGGGAGGUGAGGCGACUCCACCUCUCACUCCGCCAGAUUCGGCCGCCUUGCUAGCGGCCUCCUACACAUCUGGGGAGGAUGCGAAUGUCGCAAGCCCUCGGUACACUUACAAGGACUAUGCUGUCCACUUGGUCCCACCGUCGGACCAACCGCUCCACGUGCAACAAUCUACCGCAUGCACGGUUUCAUCACCAUCGGCAACCGAUUCGGCAGCUUCGCCGCCAUCUAUCGCUGGGGAUUCAACGUCAUGGUCAAGACUUGAAGAGCUCGACCCGUUGACAUUUGCGGACUUCCAAUGGAUGCCCCUUCCCCGGUCCGGUCGAUUGCCGAAACCGCAUUGCAACGUGCUCAUGGCACAAUUGCGGGAUUACUUGCACACUGCAGUACCARCUCCGUUUAUGGACGCCGGAGUAGAGGUUGUCGACCUUCACGCCUACAUUGCGAAGAUCUACCGCGAGUUCAAGACACAACGGUACGACGACAUCGACGCCCCAUUGUUAUAUGUACGCAUUCAGAUCGGAGAGGCGACCUGCAGCGCUUUGCUCGAUUGCGGAGCAUCUCGCAACUACAUGAGCCAGGACUUUAUGGUACGCGCCGGCCUUGACCCACGUGUCCGGAAGAAGUCCCAGCCUACGCAAGUCACGUUGGCAGAUGGUCACACGCACAAGUCAAUCGACCGGUGCAUUGAUGACGUCCCCGUGUACUUUGCCCCGCAUGCAAGCGAGGCGGUGUCCUUCGAUAUUUUGGACACCAAAUUCAACAUGAUCUUGGGCAUGUCAUGGCUGCGAAGCGAGGAUCACCCGGUGAACUUCUACCGCCGCACAGUUCACGUUCGUGAUCGGAACGGAGUACUAGUCCCAUGCACUGUGGCUCCUUCUCACCCUUCGAUCAGCUGCCACGUGGUGUCUGCCGCAAGCUUGCGAGCUUCCAUCAUCAGAGACGACAUCGAGGAGAUGGGGGUGUGUUUUCUCCACGCCCUCCCGCCCCAUGACGCUUCAUCGACGGACUCAUCUUCGGACCCACGCAUCACCGAGCUUCUCGACGCCUACGACGACGUGUUCGAAGGCCCGCACGGAGUAGUACCGGAUCGGCCCAUCCGCCACGAGAUCAUCCUCGAGGACGGGGCCGUACCUCCGCGCGGUUGCAUCUACCGAAUGAGCGAGGAAGAGUUAAGUGUACUACGGGCACAACUCGAUGACCUUCUGGAGAAAGGCUGGAUUUGGCCUAGCUCAUCGCCAUACGGUGCUCCCGUUCUCUUCGUUCGGAAGAAGAACAAGGAUUUGCGGUUGUGCAUCGAUUAUCGCAAGCUCAUCGCGCAAACGAUCAGAAACGCCGGCCCUCUUCCACGCAUCGACGACCUUCUCGAACGGCUUGGUGGCGCCAAGUUCUUCUCCAAGCUUGACCUCAAGUCGGGAUAUCACCAACUCGAGAUUCGGCAGGACGACCGCUACAAGACCGCGUUUAAGACGCGAUAUGGGCAUUUCGAGUGGCUGGUUAUGCCAUUUGGCCUUACGAAUGCCCCGACCACUUUCCAAGCGGCUAUGACAACGCACUAUCUUCGGAUCACCCGCCGGCCAGCCACUAUUGCAUUGCCGACGGGUACUUGCUCCUCCACUCGAGAGGCAAGGACUUACUAUGUGUCCCACGAGACCGUCGCCUUCGGACUCGCCUUCUUGGCGAGUAUCAUGAUUCGCGACUCGCCGGCCAUUUCGGAGUCAACCGCACCAUUGCACGGCUUCGACAACGAUUCCGAUGGCCCGACCUCAUUACCGAUGUCACUCGAUAUUGCGACUCUUGCGAAGUUUGCCGACGAAGCAAGCCCUGCAAUCGAAAAUCCCUACGGCGAGUUGCCUAUCCCACGGGAACCCGGCCUCUCCAUUGCCAUGGAUGUCCCCGGACCAUUUCCCCGCGAUCGCCCUGGGCACGACGGCAUCCUCACGGUUGUGGACCGAUUGAGUAAAUACGCGCGUUUUCUCCCUUGCAAGUACCACUCCACGGCUCCCCAGCUGGCACGCCUCUUGCACACCGGCUGGAUUUGCGGCCACGGUGUACCGGAAGACAUAGUCAGCGACCGCGACACUUGCUUCAUGUCGGCAUUUUGGACUGCUCUCAUGCAGGAGUCCGACACGAAGAUGAAACCAAGUUCGGCUCGGCAUCCACAGACGAACGGGCAAACGGAGCGGGCACAUCAAACCGCUCAAAUGAUGCUUCGUCCGCUCAUCCGUCCGGACCAGAAGGAUUGGGUUGACCGCCUCCCCGACAUCGAGUUCGCCUACAACACUUCGGUGCACCCGGCGAUCGGCGUGACUCCAUUCGAGUUGCACCACGGUGGACGGAAAGGCCGUAUCUUCGCCGACCUUCUCGUCCCACGACCUGCCGACAUCGACGCCGCUUGCUCUCCCGCUUCCAUCCGGAAGUACAGGGAAUUGCUGGCUCAAGCCAGCGCAAACAUGCAAAAGGCUCAAGCGCAGGCAAACGUUUCUGCCAAAAUGGAUAAGAUGUUGGGGUACCUGGAGGUGUUGAGUGAGGCCUGGCUGGAGGAACGCCAAGCCAGCUCGGGUCACGAUGUGGCCCUGAGCGUUAUGCAGUCAGGGUUUCGAGAGUUUGUGCGCGACGUGGUUACCCACGUUGGAGGCGAAGUCAGGCAGUUAAGAGAGAACGUGGGGAAGUUUUGUGAAGGCGCCAUCGAGAGUGCCAAAGCGGUAGCCACUGUUGAGAGCGAGGCCAGACCCCGCAAGGACCCCGUUAAACUUAAAUUCCCAGACGCAUAUGGCGGGAAGGAGGAGGAAAAUUUUGAUAAUUGGGAGGCUAGCGUUAACACCUACGUGUACUUACAACACAUUCUGACUGAGGAGCAAGUCCUCAUAGCCUUCCAGGCCCUCGAGGAUGAAGCGGCCAGUUUUGCCUGGUCCCUUGCGCGCGUAGCCGGUUGUGAAAACAACCUGGUUGCAUAUUCCAAGAUCACCCCCCUUCCUCAAUUCUUCAAACUCCUGCGAGAAAGGUUUGCUGACCCAACGAGAGGCGUGAGGGCCUCUGACAAGUUACAAACCAUCCACUCACGACAGUGGAGGAGUGCACGAGCACUCAUGACAGCACUCAAAGCUGUCAUGGACGACUUGGUAGCCGUCCCAGACCAUGGGGUCAGUGAGGCCCAACUGGUCCAAUUAUUCUAUCGUGCCAUGCCAGAGCCGCUGCGUUGGCAUUUCUUUGACAAGUCUCAACAGGCCGGCAUCACAUAUGAUGUGUUGAGUAGAGAGGUGGUCCUGUUUGAGUCAAAAUCCAUGCAAGUAUCCACUUUCUGGCAUAAGGACUUAGAUAAGGGGAAGAAGUGGAAAGGGCGUACCAUCUCGGGCCAAGUCAGGGCCAAGGAUCACAUGAUCCUUACUUUAGAAGAAGGUGGUACUGAUGAAGUCCCCUACAGUGAGAUCGAGUGGGGGUUAGAGGAGGACACCAGCGUAGGGCAGGGGAGGUCCUAUGCGGUUGUCGCGGCCGGAGGGAGGCCGCAAGGUAGAGGAGGCCAGGGCCAGAGGGGCCAGGCCACGAGAGGCCGAGGAUCGGGCGCCCAGGGGGUUGGCGGACAAGGGAACCGCCAAGUGGGAGGUAGGGGUUAAGGUCCCCCGCUGAAUCGUCAAGGUUCUAGUCGGUCCCCGCAGCGACGAGGUGGAAGGCCACCUCAACACACAGGAAGAUGGCACCCAGGCUUGCCACAAGGCAGGCCAUGGGAAGAUUUGGGCUUGGACAAGCGCGUAUGGCAAGAACGCG